AUGUCGACAGGACGCAAGGUCUUCCACUGUGCCGUGGAUGAGACGGCAUUGACCACCAAUAUCAGUGAAAUAAAAAAAUGGACAACAAAUGGUGCCAUCACCUUGAUCGUCCCCCUCUACACCCUUGAACGCCUUCAUGCCUUGAAGCGGGCUGGAUCUCAGAUCGCCAUCAACGCCCGUGAGGCAGUACGAUUUCUCGACCGAGUGACCUCGGGAAAAGACAAUAUUGCGUCCGAGCGUGUCGCCCUUCAGGGCCCCAUGGAACAGUACGAGGAAUGGAGUGAGGCGGAAAAGUACUUCCUCCCGGAGUUUGAGGAAGAGCCGGAAGUGUUAAAUGGAGAUGUUGCAGUGGAACAGGUGUCAGCGGAAAAGCGGCAAGAGAAACGAAAAGACCAAAAGAAGAGCGAUGCUAAUCAGGACGAUUUGUCGCAAAUGCUCCUCAACAAGCUGAACUUCAAAAAGGAAUCGGAUGCUGUUUCGAUAACCUCCAACGGUACUCACAGCGCACCUGCGUCGCGUCCAUCCUCCAGAAGCUCCCGCACGAGCCCUGAGUGCGCAAAUUCUCACAUGUUCGAGAAUGGAGGAGGAUCAAGUGAUUCUAAAGUCAGACGUGCAAAUGGACAUCAACGCUCUGCAUCGGGCUCUACUAUUCCAACGGUUCCUUUGGUGCUGCGGCCGUUGCUCAGUGCCCUUCUAUGGCGGCUACAUAGUGGCCCUGAUGCAUCGAAUGCGGCAAAGAACUGUAUCUUGAUCACCAACGACCGCCCUACGCAAAUUUGGGCCCAGAAAUUUGGCAUUGGGGUUAAGAAUAUCCAUCAACUGCGGACUUCCAUCCAGUACGAGGAGAGGGAGUACAAGAAUCGUUGCAAAUACGUCGAGAAGACCCAGGCCACCGAACCAAAGUCUCUGCUUUCCUAUGAUGACGAGAGUGAUGAAGAUGAACUGGUCUUUGUCCCACGUGGACGCGGAAAAGGAGCCUCUCGAGGUGGGGCUUCACGCUCAGGAAACAACCGAAAAGCAGCCUCAUCCAAGACCGUUGCACAGCCUACGGAAACCGCAAUAGAGAUUCCUACGCAGCCUAUUGACCCCAACUCUUUCAGUCGAUCCCUUAAUGCUUCCGGUAAGCAGCAGCCUACAGUUGACCUCAGCACCCAGACGGGGGCUGCACGAGGUAUAGCAGGGGCAUCUCGGCAUAGCACAAGCGGUCGCCGGGGCGCCUCGCGGGGUGCAUCUCGCGGCGGUGGUCGUGGUCGUGGGAAACUUUGGGUUCCUUGA